GCCUCCUGCGUACUGAGGGGAGGGGAGGGCGAGGCGGGGCACAGACGCUAGCACGUCGGUGCCGCCGCCGGCCUCCAGGCGGGAUUGAGGAGGAGCUCUAAAAAGACGAAGAAAGAUCUUCUCAUUUCCAGAGUAACUGGAGACCACUUUUGCCUGCAUCUUAUUCUGCCUUUCCCCAAGUGAAAUAAACUAUACAGUUUUGCCUGUAUAACUGCUUCUCCAGUAGAAAAGAAGAGUUGCACCUCACAUUGGAUUGGAUUGAGUGGAAGUUAUGCGUGCUUGGUGCCUCUGAAAAUUUGACUGUCUGUGAAUUUUUAGAAUCCAAGAAGAUUUGAAAAACGUACAAGUAUGAGUAUUCUUCUAAUUGAAGCUUUUUAUGGUGGUUCCCACAAGCAGCUGGCAGAUCUUCUACAGGAGGAGAUAGAAGAAUGUGUCCUUUAUACACUCCCAGCAAAGAAAUGGCACUGGAGAGCACGGACUGCUGCCCUUUAUUUCAUGCAAACAGUGCCAGCUAAUGCUAAUUACAGGAUCCUCUUUGCAAGCUCAGUGCUUAACCUGACUGAACUUAUUGCCCUUCGGCCUGACCUUGGCAAAUUGAAAAAGGUCCUUUACUUCCAUGAGAACCAGUUGGCAUAUCCUGUACAGAAGUACCAGGAAAGAGAUUUCCAAUAUGGAUACAACCAGAUUCUUUCAUGUUUGGUUGCUGAUAUUGUGGUGUUCAACUCUGCUUUUAAUAUGGAGUCAUUUCUUACAUCUAUCGGAAAAUUUCUGAAGCUGAUUCCUGACCACAGGCCUAAGGAUCUGGAAAAAAUAAUCAGACCAAAGUGCCAAGUUCUUCACUUUCCAGUCAGAUUUCCUGAUGUGAGCAGGUCAAACUUCAUUAAUGUAGAUCAGACUUGCAUAAUUUUGAUGUUAACUGCAGUUAUAGUAGCUCUUCACUCUACUUCA